CGUGGAACCUCCACAUCCACUUUCCACUCUUAACUCUGGCUCAAGCAUGACUGGCUCUGUCCAACCGUGAAGGUAACAGGCAAGAAAAGCAAACGCGUUGGGGCUAUGUUUUUACAGAGUGCGCCUUCGCCUUGGCAAGUCAGUGCGCACUUGCGCUUCAGACGCACCAAAAUGAUUAAAACAGUUCCCGUAUGGCCCGGCAGAGUCCCUCUUUUCUAACGAUGAGUUGUUCCCUUCUUUUGGUUUUCUUCCCACAACAGAACAGAAGUGUUGCCUGUGGUGUUGAGUGAGUGGAGGCACUGAAGCCGGGCACGAUCAGUCUGAGGAGGAAUUAACGGGGAAAAGUGAAGCGCUCCUGGACCGGAGACUUAAACAUAGAUUGCGCCUUUUUUUUGACCAGGAUACUGACGGAUCAGCACGAUUUUUUCCCUCUUCUGCACUUGACUCGGGACUUUAUUCUAUAAAGCCGGGAUGCUUCUUGCUACGUGACGGGAAUCGACUUUUAUCAGGAAAAUAAGCAUAGAAAUUACAGCCCUACCAAGAAAAGAAAUCCACAUCAACCAUGAGCAAGGAUUUAUCGAUGGAGGCCUGUAUGCUGAUUGUUUUCCUCACCUGCCUGGCAUCGCUGUGCUGGGCGCAGGAGAAGGACUACACAGUAAAGGAGGAGCAGGGGGAGAACUUCCGAAUCGGAAACCUGCGUAAAGACCUGGAUAUGCACCUAGAUCCUAACAUUAAGCUUUCCUCAGCCUUGCAGUUUAAACCGGUCUACAAGUCAGGGGAAGUGCCUUUGGUGAAGGUGGAGGCCAGUACGGGGGAGAUUUUCACCACGGCGCACCGGAUUGACCGCGAGAAGCUCUGCUCGGGAGUCUUCAUUGAGAAACGCUGCUACUACGAGAUAGAGGUGGCCGUUCUGCCCGACGAGAUCUUUCGUCUGGUGAAGAUCCGCUUUCUGAUUGAAGACAUCAAUGACAAUGCUCCGCUGUUCCAGUCUACAGUCAUCAACAUCUCCAUUCCCGAAAACACAGCCAUCAACAACCGCUAUCCUGUGCCCUCUGCUUUUGAUCCUGACGUAGGGAUCAACGGCAUCCAGACCUACGAGCUUGUCAAGAGGGUGAAUGAGUUCGGCCUCGAUGUCAUCGAGACUCCAGAAGGUGACAAGUGGCCUCAACUCAUAGUCCAGCAGAACCUGGAUCGAGAAACCAAGGACACCUUCGUAAUGAAAAUCAAAGUGGUAGACGGUGGAACCCCUCCAAAAUCCAGCACAGCCAUCCUCCAGGUGACCGUGUCGGACGUGAAUGACAAUCGUCCGGUGUUCAAGGACAGCGAAGUGGAGGUGAACGUGCCCGAAAAUGCCCCGGUCGGGACGUCGGUCGCGCAACUCCACGCCACAGAUGCCGAUCUGGGCUCCAAUGCACAGAUUCACUUCUCCUUUAGCAGCCAAAUCUCUCCAUUAUCUAGAAGACACUUUGCUAUCGACGGCGCAACUGGAUUGAUCACUGUCAAGCAACCUCUGGACAGGGAAUCCAUCCCGAGUCAUAAACUCAUCGUCCUGGCUAGUGAUGGUAGCACCACUCCUUCAAGGGCUACCGUCUCGGUGAAUGUAACGGACGUUAAUGAUAACGUUCCUUCCAUAGACACUCGGUACAUAAUGAACCCUGUUAACGGCACUGUACUGUUAUCUGAAAAUGCCCCUCUAAAUACAAAAAUAGCUCUAAUUACAGUGACUGACAGAGAUGCUGACCUUAAUGGUAAAGUGACGUGUUACACGGAUCAUGACGUUCCAUUUCGGUUAAAGCCCGUUUUUAAUGACCAAUUCUUGCUGGAAACUGCGGCUCCGUUAGAUUACGAGACCACUCGUGAGUACGCAAUUAAGAUAGUGGCUUCGGAUUCUGGAAAACCUCCCUUGAACACUUCUGCAAUGGUCCUAAUUAAAAUCAAGGAUGAGAACGAUAAUGUUCCAGUUUUUCCUCAGCCGGAGAUUCAGCUUUCCAUUCCGGAGAACAACGAUCUCGGCGCGCAGCUGAUAAAAAUCAGCGCCACUGAUGCAGACAGCGGUACUAAUGCACUGAUUGUUUAUACCCUUGGACCAGACACGCCUGAUGGGUUUAACAUAGAUCCACGGUCUGGUAUCCUUUCGGUUAGCAAGAGGCUGGAUAGAGAAAAACAGGAAAUGUAUGCCUUUACGGUCGUUGCACGGGAUAGCGGUCCUAAUCCUCUUCAGAGCAAUAUCACUGUGAAGCUGAUCGUCCAGGACAUAAACGAUAACAGUCCAGCCUUUACGCAUUCUGAAUAUAACUUCUAUGUGCCUGAGAACUUGCCCUUGUAUGGCACAGUUGGCUUGAUCACAGUCACGGACGCAGAUGCUGGUGAAAAUUCAGUGGUCACUUUGUCUAUUAUUAACGAAAAAGACAAUUUCAUCAUUGACCCUAAGACUGGUGUAAUCAAGCCAAAUAUUACAUUUGACCGGGAGCAGCAAAGCUCCUACACCUUUUUAGUCAAGGCUGUGGAUGGAGGGUUAGUCCAAAAAACCUCAUAUGCUAAGGUCACCAUAAAUGUUGUUGACGUUAACGACAAUCGACCUGUCUUUGUCAUUCCUUCCUCCAACUACUCUUAUGACCUUGUUCCUUUCACGACUAGUCCUGGAUCAGUGGUAACCAGAGUGUACGCCAUUGACAAUGACACUGGGAUGAAUGCAGAGCUGCACUACAGCAUCAUCGGCGGGUCACCACGAGGACUGUUUUCUAUUGACAAGAACACGGGGAACAUUACCCUACAGGAAAAGAUAGUUAACAGCGAUCAAGGGCUUCACAGACUGGUCGUGAUGGUCAAGGACUUAGGACAGCCAGAGCCCUUGCAUGCCAUCGCCCUUGUUCACUUGUUCAUCAAUGAUACCGUCUCCAACUCCACAUUCAUUCAGGAGCAAGUCCGAAGAAGCAUGGAGACCCCCUUCGACAAUAAUGUAGGAGACAAUGAACCGAUCCCUCAGACCAGCGGCUAUGUAAUAGUCGUCAUCGCCAUAAUUGCCGGGACUAUGACCGUCAUACUGGUUAUUUUCGUGACCGCUUUGGUACGUUGUCGGCAGACACCCAGACAUAAAGUCGUUCAGAAGGGCAAGCAGAGUGGGGAGUGGGUAUCGCCAAACCAAGAAGGCCGCCAAAUCAAAAAGAAGAAGAAGAAAAAGAAGCGGUCGCCUAAGAGCUUGCUGCUGAACUUUGUGACCAUUGAAGAAUCCAAGUCUGAAGAUCCUACCCAUGAGCACAUCAAUGGUACAUUAGACCUUCCGGUUGAGCUCGAGGAGCAGACCAUGGGGAAGUAUAACUGGGCCACCACACCAACCACCUUCAAACCUGACAGUCCUGACUUGGCCAAGCAUUACAAGUCGGCCUCUCCACAGCCUACAUUCCAGAUCAAACCGGAAACCCCAGUGGCUCCCAAGAAGCACCAUGUCAUUCAGGAGCUCCCCCUGGACAACACAUUUGUAGUUGGCUGUGACACACUCUCCAAGUGUUCCUCCACCAGCUCCGACCCUUACAGCGUCUCAGAAUGCAGCUGUCAAGGGAGCUUUAAGGCACCGGGGCAAAUCCACACCCGACAGAAUCAGAGCCAGACUCCAGACAAGACAUUCCCUGCAGUCUCUGCUACUUGUCCCCAUAAGCAGACGCAACGGCGCGUGACCUUUCACCUUCCUGACGGUUCUCAGGAAACCUGUAGUGCCACUGGACCAGUGGAGCAGGAGAUGAACAGCGGUGCCAACACCACCCAGUCACUGCCUCUGGGCUUUCCACAGGAUGAGUACUACGAGCAAACCUCGCCGAACAGCCGUACUGAGGGCGAUGGGAACUCUGACCCGGAGUCCACUAUUGAAGUGAACCUGCAGAAAGCACUGGCCGAGGCCUCCGAGACCUGCACCCAGGAAUGCCUGAUCCUCGGCCACUCUGACAGCUGCUGGAUGCCCCCAGCGGUGACCCAGUUCCAGACGUCCGGCACUGCCACGCUUCCUUCAUUUAGCCUUCAGCAGAGCUGGGCGCGUGGAGGCGCGAUGCCAGAUGGCCGUCACACCCUUGGCAGGUCGGUGCCCAGAGAUGAUGUGGACAAAGGGAGCAAUCGUCCUCAAUUCUACAACACGCUGGACAGACACUGUAGCAAGAAAGAUGACGCCGUAAAGGUCAUCCCUCUAGCCAGCUUCUCAGCCACGUCCAGCCCGCAGAACACUGGCAUUUCCUCCGCUUUCUUACAUGAGCAUCAGCUGUAAUAGAAGUGCGUGGUACUAAAGCUAGUCCCAGCCAUUUUCAGCAAGAAUGGUGUUGGGGGCGGCAUUUGAUCAUUAAAAAAAAAGAAAAGAAAAGGAAACCUUAAAGACGUUCAUAAUCAACACAUCUGUAGUGGAAGUGCUUAUAAGGAAAUUUUGUAUUUGUAAGUGAACUGAAAGUCAAAAUAGUCCAAUGCACACUGUACAAACUAGAUAUACAGUAGAUCUGAACCAAAGUAGCACUGAAAAUCAAAAAUGAAUUUAAAAAAGUUUAAAAUAGCUGUGUCUCUGCUAGGUAGUGGCUAAUGAAUCGAGCUUCGAUGAUGAUGUCAGUGUUUUUGGAGCUUUUUAAAUAUGAUGUAAUCACUAAACACAUAUAUGCUGUUGAAUGAAAUUAGUGAGUUGUUACUUGUGUGGGUGAUUGCGAUAUCUUAGCUUCAGUGAAAUGGUAAUACGUGAUUUCUCGCCGAGUUUUUCCGAGCAGUUCCAUUCAGAUGACACUUAUCCCCAUCCGAGUGUGCUGCAUAGACUUUACUGAGACAAGAGUCUAUUACUGUAGGCCUUUACUGCAAAAAAUGGCUCUGGCUCUGUGUUAACAUUGUAAAAAGUUUCUUAAAGCUGUUUGUUUUGAACUUUCUUUCUUUCUUAUGGACUGAA